AAUCCAUCAGUUCAAGUGUGCCGUUUCACCUGAAAUCGUCAGAUUCCGGCGAGAUGGCCGUCGUAGAUUCGCCGGAUUGGCCUCCUCCGGGAUGGAAAGAGGAUGUCAAAGUAUCAAACGGAAGAAAAAUCAAGUACUAUACAAAUGGGGAGACUGGGAAAAAGUUUUAUUCCAAGAAGGAAAUCGCUCGGUACUUGAACACAAAAGAUUCUUGCGAUGAUGUAACUCAAGCAAUGACUAUUCAAGGUAAGAACUGCUCUGAGAACAAUGUUUGUCAUAUGGAUAAUCAAGAUGAGAGCUUCUCCAAGGACAAUGUUAGUCAAAUGGAUAAUCUAGAUAAGAGUUGCUCUGGGAACAAUGUUAGCGAGGCUGUUGGGAGACCAAAUAAUUCUCAUGAAUGGUUACCUCCAGGGUGGAUAGUUGAAUUAAAGACUCGUAAGUCUGGCUCACAUGCUGGUACACCUUACAAGGUUUACAUUGAUCCAUCAACUGGAAGCAAAUUUUAUUCAAAACCUGAAGUUUCUAAAUAUCUCAAAACUAUGAAGCAGAACAACAUCGCGGGAGAAGGACAGAUACAUGGAGAUGGUGAAGUAUCUUCUUCAAAUCAGAAAAGAUCAGAGGAUUCCAAAAAUAUCAGGGGUGGGGCUCAGACUCGCAAAUCCAAAAGGCUGAAAUCUGACACCGACCAGGCCUCGCCUGGCAUUGAGGAGGGGUCAUUUUCCAAGCUGAAAGCAUCUCAGGAUUUUGAAGAAGUUGGGGAACAGAGUUGCACAACCAAAAGGAAGAAAUCUGGCAUUACCAGGACUACAAAGACUUCUCCUUCUCAUGGUGCUGGAGAGGACUUCAUUUUAAAUGAGAAAACAUCUCUGGGUUCCAAAGAAAAUGGGGCACAAAGUCCCCAAUCCAAAAGACAGAAACCUGGCAGUGGUUGUCUGUCAGCAAAGAGUGUUUCUUCUGUUGCAGUUGACUGCGAUUCAGCAGAUGAAUUACCCCCUGGCUGGAAAAAAGAAAGUAGACAAAAUGAUCGUGGAACAAGGGAAUACCUGCUCUACACGGAUCCAGUACAUGGAUAUAAAUUUCACUCCAAAAAGGAAGUUUUGCGCUAUCUACAAACUGGAGAUGCUAGUAGGUGUGCUAGAAGACCUGCAAAAAGGAAUGUAGCUUCAACUACAAAGGAUGAUUCUCCCACGACAGAUGAUGCCAGCUUGAAGAAAUUAGGAGGCUUUACGACAGGAAGACAGCUUUUUUCCACUGACGAGUCGAAAGGGGGAAAAUUUUUUGGUACUUGCUCACCUGCACAGCAAGUUGAGAGUUCAAAGAAACAGCCCGACUGCAUUGUGUCUGAUCCUAAUGCCAUCAUCACAUCCAUUUUAGCUGAGAUAAAUGAGAAUCAUUCCUUUGAAAAUGUAGUUGAAGAUGCUGAAAUCAAAACUGUAAGUGUUGGUGUUAAACAGCAAUUAGCUGUUUCCACUGAGUCGGAUCUCCUCUCGGAGAAGCAACUACUAGAAAAUGAGCAGGAAAAGCAUAGUUCUAAAGAAACACAGCAGUCAAAAAAAUCCAGAAAAACAGAGUCACUUAACCUUGGUCGUCGGGUCUCCAAAAGACUUGCAGGUCAAAAUAUAGAAGCGGCGGCUGAUUUGGAUCUUGGUGAACGUGCUCUUCCAGCUGUAGUUGAUAAAUCUGCCUCUCUGAGCCUCUCCGUGAAUGCCUGCAGCCAGGAAUUGCUCCAGGACUCCGAUCCUACACCAGAAACUGGCAACUCUGAUCAGGCUUCUUUGAAUGGAGACCCUUCAUUGGAUGAUUUACCCCCAGGCUGGAAAAAAGAAAUCAAAAUUACUAAAAAAGCUAAUGGGAUAAGAAAAGACCCGUUAUACAUUGAUCCAGUGGAUGGCUAUGUAUUUCGCUCCAAGAAGGAUGUUUUCCGCUAUCUACAAACUGGAGACAUCAGUAGUUGUGCUAUAAGACCUGUCAAAAGGGAUCUAGAUGCUACAAUGAAGGAGAGUUCUCCCACAACAGUUGACACCAAUUCGAAGAAAUUAGGGUGCUCUGUAACCGAAAGGCAACCUUUUGCUGCUAAGGAAUCCAGAGGUCGAAAACGUUCAGUUACUUGUUCACCAGAAGUACAAGCUGAGAGUUCCAAGAAACAGCCUGAAAGCAGUGCGUCCAAUGCAAACAUUAUUAUUACAUCAUCUGCAGCUGAUAUUAUUGCGAAGCAUUCAAUUCAAAAUGCUGAAAUAAGUCUAGACACAGAGCCAGAAAUAAGAGACUCAAGUGCAGACACAAAAGUCAUAGCUGCUGAAAGUAACACUAUUAAAAGGUUAUCAGCUGUCUCAACCCCUCAGUCAGAUCUACCCUCAGAGCAGCAAUUACUAGAAAACGAGCACGAAAAACAUAUUAAUAAAGAAAAACCGGAGCAGUCAAGAAGAUCCAGAACUAAGAAACCACUCACACCUGGUCGACGGAUCUCAAAAAGACUUGUGGGCCACAGCCCAGAACCGGUGGCUGAUUUGGAUCUAGGUGAACGUGCUUUUCGAGCUGUUGUUAAGAAAUCUGCUUCUUUGGGCAUCCCCCUGAAUGUCUCUGGUCAGGAAUUUUCCCAGAAUAAAGAUCCUACAGUAGGAACUGGCAAUUCUGAUCAGGCUCCUCUGAGAAGAGAAGUUUCAGGCCUUGAAUUUCCACCAGACUUGGAAAAGGAAAUACUUACGCAGAAUGAAGAUCUGACAGUUGGAACUGGCAAUUCUGAUCAGGCUUCUCAGAAGAUAGAAGCUUCAGGGGAUGGAUUAUCACCAGGCUUGGAAAAGGAAAUAUUUUCCCAGAACAAAGAUCCAACAGUAGGAACUGGCAAUUCUGAUCAAGCUUCUCUGAGCAAAGAAGCUUCAGGAGAUGAAUUAUCACCAGGCUUGGAAAAGGAAAUACUUGCCCAGAACAAAGAUCCGACAGUAGGAACUGGCAAUGCUGAUCAGGCUUCUCUGAGCAGAAAAGCUUCAGGGGAUGAAUUAUCACCAGGCUUGGAAAAGGAAAUACUUACCCAUUACAAAGAUCCGACAGUAGGAUCUGGCAAUUCUGAUCAGGCUUCUCUGAGAAGAAAAGCUGCACUAGAUGAAAUACCACCAGGCUGGGAAAAGGAAAUGCUUGGACAGAACAAAUAUUCUACUGUAGGAACUGGCAAUUCUGAUCAGGCUUCUCUGAGCAGAAAACUUUCACCAGAUGAAAUACCCCCAGGUUGGGAGAAUGAAAUACCCCCAGGAUGGAAGUAUGAAAUACCUGCCCAGAACAAAGAUCCUAUAGUAGGGACUACCAAUUCUGAUCAAGCUUCUCUGAGCAGGGAAAAAGCCUCACUGGAUGAAAUACCCCCAGGUUGGGAAAAGGAAAUACUUUCCUACAACAAAGAUCCUGCAAUAAGAACUGGCAAUUCUGAUCAGGUUUCUCUCAGCAGAGAAUUAGCUUCAGCAGAUGAAUUGCCACCCGGCUGGGAAAAGGAAAUGCUUACCUGGAACAAAUAUCCGACAGUAGGAACUGGCAAUUUUAAUUCACUUGAUGAUAUACCUCCAGGCUGGGAAAAGGAACUACUUGUCCAGCAAAAAGAUCAUACAGUAGGAACUGGCAAUUCUUAUCAGUCUUUUCUGAGCAAAGAAGCUUCAGUGGAUGGAUUACCACCAGGCUGGAAAACAGAACUCAGAAUGAGAAAAAAUGCUCGUGUGAUAAAAAAGGACCCGUAUUACACGGAUCCAGUGCAUGGAUAUGUAUUUCGUUCCAAAAAGGAUGUUAUGCGCUAUCUGCAAACUGGAGACAUCAGAAGUUGUGCUGUGAAGCCUACCAAAAGGGAUCCGUGUUCAACAAUGAAGGAUAAUUCUCCCUCAACACAUGACACCAGUUCGAAGAAAUUAAGGUGCUCUUUGACCAGAAUACAACUUUCUGCCACUGAUGAAUCAAAAGGUAGUAAGUGUUCUGUUACUUGUGCAAUGGCACUGCAAGCUGAGAAUUCCAGUGAACAUUCUAAAAGCAGUAUGUUCAACCUCAACACCAGUAUUUCAUCUAUUGUAGCUGAUAUAACAGAAAAACAUUCAUAUGAAAAUGUAAAUGAAGAUACUGAAAUAAGACUAGACGUGGAACCAGAAAUAAGAGACUCAGUUGGAGACACAAAUCCUGCAGCUGCUGAAACUGUUGAUGUUAGAAGGUCAUUAGUUGUUUCCCCCCAGUUGGACUUCCUCCCAGAGCAGCAAUUACCAGAAAAUGAGAAGGAAAAGCAGCCAGCAAGGUUGAGAAAAUUCAGAAAUAGUAAGUCAUCUACUCCAGCUCGUCGUGUCUCAAAGAGACUUUCACGCCACAACCCAGAAAUGGUGACUGAUUUAAAUCUAGGUGAACGUGUUCUUCAAACUGUGGUUAACAAUUCAGCCUCGUCAGGCAAUGUCUCUGGUGGGGAAUCGGCCCAGCAAACUGAUCUAGCAACUGGUGAUUCUGAUCAGCCCUCUCUAAGCAGAAAAGCUUCAUCACGAAAUGAUCCUUUAAAAGUUGUGAAGUGUCUCUCAGAGGGACAAGCGUUUAAUGAGCAAAAUGAAGAGAGAAUAUUGCAAGAUUCUCAGCCAGCUGGAAUAUCAUAUGAAAGAGGAAAGGUUCACUUGGAACAGCAUGCGCUUAACGAAAGCCCUACAGCAAAGCUGGCAAAAGAAGAACAAGACGGUCAGAAUAGAUUAUUGAACAAUUCUCAAUUAGCUGAAUCAGCAUCAGGAAGAAGGGUAUUCCCUGCAGAGGACCGGUCUGUCUCAGAAAGGUCUACCGUAGAACAGGUCAGUGAAAAACGAAAUGGUGAGUACAAGCAAUGGCAAUAUUCACAACUAGCUGAACCAUCAUGGAGAAGUGUGGAUCUUAAUGUGGAAAACCAGCAAUGGCAAGAUGUACAACUAGCUCCAUCACAUAGAUUUGUGGAUCUUAAUAUGGAAAACCAACAAUGGCAAGAUUCACAAGUAGCUCCAUCACAGAGAAGUGUGGAUCUUAAUGUGGAAAACCAGCAGUGGCAAGAUUCACAACUACCUGAAUCAUCACACAGAAAUCUGGAUCUUAAUGUUGAAAGCCAGCCUGUUAAAGAAAAGCAAACAGGAGAGCUGGUAACUGAGAAUCAAGAAGAACAGAACAGAAGAUUGCAUGCACAACUAGCUUCUUAUCCAUUUGGGGACUAUUGGUCAGACCCAUGCAUGGAAUUUGCAUUCAAGACCCUUACAGGUGCACUACCAGUAGAAGAUACCCUGGCCUUUCAGGGAUCUACCCAUCAAGAAUACAAUACUUCCUACACCCAGGCUGAUGAUGGGUGCUUUGAACUGCCAUUAUUCAACACUUCCAGUUUUUACUUGAAUGAUGCUCCAAACCACUGUGCUCCAUCGGAGGAGCACGUUGUCAAAGAGCAACCGCCACUAAAUCAAACCUUUUUGCCUACUGGAAAUAAUAGCAUACCAGGUCACAGUAGUGUUGUUUCUCAAAAUCCAGGUUUGACCUUUUUGCCCAAUGGGAAUAACAGCAUACCAGGUUGCGGUAGUGUUGUUUCUCAAAAUCCAGGUCUGAAUCCCCAGGCAAAGGACUAUCAAUCUAAAUUUAAAUCUCACAGGUGAAUGAGAGCACAUAGAGAGAGAAGUGUUAGGUGUAUUGAUGGAUCAACUAAUAACACGAUGAAUGCAGCUAUAUCCUCUGAUGGUAACAUUUUCUGAUGCGGUUUCUGGAGUUUGGGGUAUCUAUAAUUGGUUGAAGAUUGACCACAGGUGAUGCUUCAUCAAUUGUCUGGAGGUGACAGAUAAAAUUGGUUUAUUCGAACCAGAUAGCUGGUCGAAAUGGAGCUUUAACUUUCGGAAUGCUUAGAUCCCACAAUCCGUUGGAGUUUAGAUGAUCUGUUUCAAAAAGACAAUUGUUUGCUAUAUGUAUUCUGCAUAAUUAAGGUUGGAUCUCUAAGCUUUUAUAACACGUAAA